UCUGCCAAAGCUUAAAGUCUUUCUUUUUGGAGUUGCUAAGUUUUGUCAAGUCCUCCCAAAGGCUUACAUGUUGCUACGCAUGAAACUCCUUGAGCCCGUAUGGACUUGAGGGCUUCAAGGCUCCUGAGCCAUUUGUUUUAGGAAAGCGCCUCAGUAGAGGACACCAGCGAUGUGACCACGCUGCUCGGACACGUCAGCUGGGCUACCAGGUCCAAAAUUAGCAGCGUGGUCGGAUGCAAUGGACUCGGCAAGGACCAGGAAUAGGCUUGGAAGCCACUCUCGGGUGCUUGCAGGCGAAGCCAAAGACCACUUGCGAGGUGGGAAGCUUCCAAAUCACGCUUGCUCUAGGUCGGUCCUCAAGGUGAGUUUCUUAUGCACGCUGGUGAGCCAGAGACAGACUCAAGAACACCCGCGCCCCACUGCCAAAGGCACACCCGAACAGAACCAUGUGCAGCUGCCCCGUCACAAGCAGUGUGGGUAAGCGUUUGCCAGCUUGGCGUCACCUGGGCAUGUAAAUCUACGUGGCACUUGCAGGAUUCGGCUUACAAGUUCGCUCGUGCUGCUCAACCGAGUCUAACAACUUAGUCCGCAUGAAACAAUGCAGCACACGACUGACAGGAAGGGCUUGGUUUGCCACUUUUCUGACGGCCUGCGCUUGCUCAAACUUCUGCAGCUUUCAGUUUUGGUCAUGACAUGUAGCAAUGGCUGAGGGGAGUUUCCGUUUCCUGACGUUGAUCAAGCCGAUCUUAUGGCUGGUGCCCGAGGUGAACGCGCCAGAGCACCGGGUGCCUUUCAAAGAGAAGGUCUGUUGGACCGCGAUAUCUCUUUUUGUCUUCUUGGUUUGCUGCCAAAUUCCCGUCUAUGGCAUCGUUACCUCAAAGAGUGCCGAUCCGUUCUACUGGAUGCGGGUGAUCUUGGCCUCGAACCGGGGCACCUUAAUGGAGCUGGGCAUCUCUCCCAUUGUCACCUCUGGAUGGGUGAUGCAGCUCCUGGCCGGCUCACGAAUCAUUGAGGUGGAUCAGAGUCUCAAAGAGGACCGAAACCUCUUCUUUGCCGCGCAGAAGCUCUUUGGUCUCCUCAUCACGCUGGGUGAGGCCUUUGCCUAUGUGGUGAGUGGCAUGUAUGGAGAUCCGCGUGCCUUAGGCAUGGGCAUGAGCUCGCUGAUCAUUGCGCAGCUGUUCUUUGCCGGAGUCAUUGCAAUCCUGCUAGAUGAGCUCUUGCAAAAGGGCUAUGGCCUCGGCUCCGGCAUCUCACUGUUCAUUGCUACCAACAUUUGCGAAACCAUCGUGUGGAAGGCCUUUAGCCCCACCACGAUCAACACCGGGAAGGGUACAGAAUUUGAGGGUGCCAUCGUGGCCCUGUUCCACAUCAUGAUCUCCCGGCCAGACAAAAAGAUGGCGCUGUCAGAAGCCUUUUUCAGACAAACUGCGCCCAACCUCACGAACCUCAUCGCAACGCUUCUGGUCUUCUUCAUUGUCAUCUACUUCCAAGGUUUUCAGGUGGAUCUUUCUUGCAAAUUCCACAAGAUCCGCGGUCAUCGCGGCAUCUACCCAGUCCGACUCUUCUACACCUCCAACAUCUCCAUCAUUCUUCAAACUGCACUAGUUUCCAACCUCUACUUCUUCUCUCAGCUUCUUUACCGACGGUUUAAGUCGAACAUGCUGGUGAACUUGCUGGGACAGUGGCAAGACUUAGAUUAUGGCGGCGAGUCCAUUCCCAUUGGAGGACUGGCCUACUACAUCUCACCGCCCAAUGACUUCUCAAAUAUCGUGGAAGAUCCCUUGCACGCCUUUUGCUACAUCCUCUUUGUGCUCUUUUCAUGCGCAAUUUUCUCCAAGUAUUUCAUUGAGAUUAGCGGCUCCUCAUCGCGAGAUGUGGCGAAGAUGCUGCGAGAUAGACAAAUCAUGUUCAAAGGAUACAGAGAAAAAUCGCUCCUACACGUUCUGAACUUGUACGUGCCCAUCGCUGCUGCUUUCGGUGGCAUGUGCAUUGGCAUGUUGACCAUCGUCGCAGAUUUCAUGGGUGCCAUUGGCAGCGGCACUGGCAUCCUGUUGGCCGUUACCAUUAUCUACCAGCACAUGGAGAAUGCUCAGCGCGAAAGAGACCAGGGCACCAUGCUGUUUUGAGCAGAC